AUGGACUCUCCUCUUGCGCAGUACCCUCGGGGCCCAUGGACUGCUCUGCACUCGGCCGCCAACGAUGGAUCCUUCGAACAAGUUUUUGGGAUCGUGUCGUCAGGAUCCGUCCAAAUCAACCAAGGAUCUCCGGAAGGCUGGACGCCUUUGAUGCUCGCUGCCGACGGUGGAUACUCGCGCAUCGUGAGUUUCCUGCUUCACAAAGGAGCUAUCGCCGGGAUCAUGGGAGACGAGGGUGUCACGGCGCUACACGUUUCCGCCAGAAACGGUCACGUGGUUGUCAGCCUCAUGCUGAUACGGGCUGGAGCUGAUGUCGGACUGUCUUGCUUCACUUCUGGUGGAUACACCGCGCUGCACCUAGCGGCACAAAACGGAAGGUGUGCAGUCAUGGAGGUGCUUGUGUACGCAGGCGCCGACGUGGAUCGCCGCUUGGAGGACGGCGCGACGGCCAUGUAUCUUGCGGCCGAGAGAGGUGAGCUGCAGGCGGUCAAGAUCCUUCUUGCACACAAGGCCGAUCCAAUGAUUGCAACCAUGGAGGGUUACGUGCCUCUCGAUGUGGCGACCGAAAAAUUUCGCGUGGACAUCGUACGCGAGCUGGUCGAUGACGUGGGGAUCGAGGGGUGCGGCGGCUCCGACGGCGGAAUGGUAGCUCUGCGCCUCGCUGCUCAAAACGGCCAUCUUGACAUUCUGCACAUCCUACACGAGCGAGGAGUGGUGGAUAGCUCCGGUCUGGCUCUUUGCGCGGCGCUCAUGCACGGAGGAGAGAAGACGGUCAAACUUCUUCUGCAGCGGGCGGCGGAAUAUUUUUCUUGCGGUGGAUCUUCGUAUGCCAACAGCGCCGUUGGCUCCAUAGGCAAGCCACUGCUAUCGUGUCUGGUUAGAGACAGCCUGAGGGGAAGUUCCCGCAGGGUCAUGCGCAGGCUCAUCGACGCCGGAGCGACCACGGACUUCACGUUCACCCGUAUAAACUACGAAGGCAACUUCAUGUGUCAAACCACGGCCCUGGACAUGGUGACCACACUCCUCCGUGACAAAGGGAGCGGAGGUCCCUCUUUCACCCAACAACAAAUGUACGGGCUCCGCGGGAUGCGGCAACUGAUGCUGCAGGUGGAUGCGGUUCAUGCUGUGUCGUGGGGAUGGGCCACCCGUUCUGCUGCGACGGCCGCUGCCCCGGGUGCGCUUCUGGUGCCGAUCCGGAGAGAGAGGGCGGCAACGAAGACUCGUGUGUGUCGGAAAGCUCUGUUCAGGUGA